AUGCACUCCCCUCACAGACAGAACACCGACCGCAGAGACAACCGCCACCCCAACAAACCCCAACCGCGACGAAAUAGCGUCGCUUUCGCGGAGACCGCCGAGAACCCCACCGUGCAGGCGCUGAGUGGGCGUGGCCUCGAGCGGGUCCGCAAUUCCGUGGACGUGCGGCGGAUGAGCCAGGGUCGGGGCGUAUUCGACGCGGAAAUCGUGUACGGCGGGUCCACCUUCUCUCUGCCGCCGAAAAUGACCGAUGAUAAUAUGGAGAUGCAGCGGCGCUCGGCCCAGGUCAUGCUGACCAUUACGGCGCGGUAAGUGGGAAUUUUUUUGAAAAUUACUUUUUUUGAUUUAAAAUUAAAAAAAAAAAUUAAAAAAAAAAUUUUUUAGUUUUUAAAUUUAAAAUAAAAAAAAAUUUUAUUGUACCUUGUUCACCUUAUAGGUUACAAUUUCAAAAUUUAACUCAAAUAUUAGGUAGUUCAAAUAAUUUUGUGCGCUAUAACUCCAAAAACUUGCUAUAAAAUGAAGCACAGAGUCUACAGCCUUAGUACAAUAAAACUCCUCUAUAGCGAAACUCCUCUAUAACGAACGAAUUCAAAGUGAAACCCAGUAGUCAUUCGGUAUACAGAGGUUCUACUGUCUUCAACUUGUAUAACUACCCUUGCACCUCUAUUCUGAAAAAAAGAUAUUAAGCAAAAGAGCAUUGCAAAGUGUUUUCUGGUUAUCUCUCGAGUGUUUUGAGCCCAGAUUUUGUUGUUGUUUGAGUAAUCUCUCACGGAAUAUCUAACAUAAUAUAGAUACUGAAGCAUAAUUUAUAGAAAAAUUAGUUUUUAAAUAUGAAACUCUAGUAUAACAAAGUUUUUUUAUAAUGUAAACUCUGUGUAAUGAACAGCUUUUGAAUUUUCUGCCAACACUAGCAAUUUUAGAGCUAGGGCUAGGGCUAGAGCUAAAAAAUAGGCUGAUUUUAUAUCGAAAAAGGCGCUAGGACAAAUGCGGUUUUUGGACAUUUGCGGAUUUUUUUUAAAAGUUUUUUUUUAUUUUUUUAGUUAAUUUAGUUGUAUUAUGGUACUAAAUUGUACUAAAGUUUGAAUUGUUACGGUUUUAACAUAACAGUACCAUUUUGGGCUUUUAGUACUAUUUAGUACCAAAAAUAUAAAAACAGUACCAAUUAAAAAUUUCGUACUAUUUAACAUUAAGAAAUAUUAAGACAGUGCCAAUUUAAACUUUAGUACCAUUUAGUACCAUACUGCAGCUAAAUUAACUAAAAAAUAAAAAAAAGCUUUAAAAAAACCGCAAAUGUCCAAAAUCCGCAAGUGUCUAAAAACCGCAGAUCCGCAAAUGUCCAAAAACCGCAUUUGUCUUAGCGCCCAAAAAAGGCAAAAAUCGCUAUAUUUUCAAGUCAAACAAAAUAUUUAUUUUUUUUGUUAACAACUUAAACUUAAAAAUAAAAAUUUAAGCUUGUAUGAUUACUCCCACAAAUUCAACGUCUCGACUGAUUGAUUUAUUACAAAUCAAAAAAAGUAAUUUUUUGACGACUUUUCAACUAACAAACACUAAAAAUAUUGGUUUUAAUCUUGUUUACUUGCCAUUUCAAAACACAUGUUGAGUCAUUAAAUUUAACGUAAAUUCAUGGUGACGUACGUGACAUGAAGGUUGGUAAAAGGUCAUGAUGUUUAAGCUUAAAUUUUAAUUUAAAAAAUAUUUUUUAAAACUAAAAUAUUUGGUUUUUCAAGUAAUUCUGUGCUCUUUAACCCAAAAAAUUUGUUUUGAGAGGGAGCACAGAACUAUUUGAACAACCCAAUAGAAGCUAAAUCUGUUUUUUGGUUAAGGGGGAGGUGAAGGAAGAGGAGAAUAAAAAAAUAAAAUUUUUUUUUUGAAAUUUUUUAAAUUUAAAAAACUUUUUUUUUCUUUUUUUUUAAAAGUUCAAUUCAAUUAUGUAUCAGCCGUUGUUUCAUAGUAAAAAACCGCUCUUCUAAGAACGCUAAGUAGCAAUGGGUUUCACUGCGCUAUUCUUAUGAAACAGCCAAAUUGAAUUACACUAACAACAAACUUUUACUUAUAAUCAUAAACAACUUUGUUAAGUGAAUGUAUUACGGUUAGACCUGUAAAAGAGUUAAGCCAAGUCUAAUAGUUCGGCUUGGUGCUACACCUGCCAGUGCACAUUUUGGGGGCUGGGCAGUUUUUUUGAUAUAUAUUGACAAAUCGGACUUGAUAUAUCGUCCAUUUUUGAUCUAAAAACAUCGUAUCAAGAUUGAUGGAAGUGCUGGGCAAGGGCCGGAGCAAGAGAUGUAGCUGGGGCUGGAGCUAGAGCUAGAGCUAGAGCUAGGGCUAGAGCUAGACCUAGAGCUAGACCUAGAGCUGGAGCUGGAGCUGGAGCUGGAGCUAGAGCUAGAGCUAGAACUAGAGCUAAAGCUCUAAAAAUCCACAGGGGGGGGACCACGUUCAAAUUUUUUCGAAAUUUUUUUUUCUGAGGGGAUCCCACCACCCAGCGCCCGGCCUUGCAGACCACUAUCUAUAUAUAAAAACAUAUUGUAUUUAAACUUUACAAUAAUUUUUAUCUUACCACGCCCAAAUUUUUUACUGUUGCAAUAUAAAGCCUGUUUGCUGGCUCUCUUUUCCCAAAAACACUCUAAAAAGUACGAUUUUUUCGAAACGGCCUUUUGGCCAUGCUCUUUUGGUCAAAGGAACGUUAUUUUGGGAAGAGGUCUCGUGGUUUGAAGGAAAGACCAUAUUAAUGUGUCCUAGAAUUACUUUGCACACCACUAUCAAUUCUCGGAAUUUAUAGACCUCAGGCAAAAACAUAAUUGAAUUAAGAGAGAAAGAGGGGGGGGGGGGAGGGGGAUGUAAAAAAAAGUGAAACACUGUAAAAAAAGCAAAAAAAAAUUUAAAAAAAUGUAAAAUACGAUGAAUUAUAUUGUCUAUUUACUACUUUUUACUCAUUUUUUCAACUUUAAAAUUUUUUUAAAAUUUUUAAAAUUAAAAAAAAGUUUAAAAAAAUGUAAAAUACGAUUGAUUAUAUUGUCUAUUUUCUAUUUUUUUACAAUUUUUUAAAUUUUUAAAAUUUUUUAAAAUUUUUGAAAAAUUUAAAAAUAGUGCCAAAAACAAUGACAAGUGCAACAAGAACUGUCAUGUGACCGUCAAAUCCGUUUGUUUACCACAGUAUUUCAUGGUUUUGUUUUCCGCCAAAAAUUAUUUAUCUUGUUGUUGAUGUUAUACUCUACUAUUUACAAAGAACGAAAUUGAAUUGAAUUUUUAUUAGCUUUCUAUUGCAUUAAACACAGCACAAUACUCACAAAUUGUACUCUAAAGAAUCGAAAAUUUGAUUUUGAAAGGUAAUAUAUUCAAUGUCUGUUCGGAUUGUGGAAAUAACAAUGAUAAGGUUAGACAAGAAGUUUUUAGGUAUUUAGUGUUAUAGGGUACUACAGGAGAUAGAUAAGGUCUAGGGCUAGAGCUAGAGCUGGAUCUACAGUUAGAGUAAAAGAUAAAACUUGAGCUUAUGUUAGAGCUAGAGUUAGAGCUAGAGCUAGAGCUAGAGCUAGAGCUAGAGCUAGAGCUAGAGCUAGAGCUAGAGCUUGAGCUUGAACUUGAGUUUGAGCUUGAGCUAGGGCUGGUGUUCUGGACUAGGGCUCUCGGCCAGGGCUCUGGGCUAGAACUAAGGCUAAGUCUACAGCUAGGGCUAUUUUUAAGUAAAAAGUGAUGUAUAUUCAUUUCAACAUGUCUGUGUACAUACCAUAACUCAAACAAACAUGUUACAAAAUCCUCUCAAUAUAUGUGGUCAUAAGCUCAUAGUAUAAACAUAGUCGUAUGUUUUGUAAAAAUGUCUUUUUUCGGCUCUUGGAAAUCUCGAUUUUAAAAUGGCAGUAGUGGGAAAGUUUUUCUUUUCUACAAACAUAUCACGCUUGACUAGUCGGGCAUGACCUAGACAAUAGAGUUUUAUAGAAAAAAGUAAAAAAACCUCCCACCAUUAAAAAAAAAUUACCAUGCCCAUUAAAAAAUUAAAAUAAAACACAAAGUAAACCAUAAAAUGCAUCUAAAACAGCUCAAACACCUCAUUUUAGAGACCUAAAAGACGUUGAUCCAGAUGGAGGUAACGAUCCUUACUGUGUAGUAAGCGUAUCCGACGCCUCGAUGGCUAGACAAAGGCGUUGGGAAGAAAUCGGUCGGACUGAAAUGCUGACAAACACUUUGGACCCGGAAUGGGCUACCAAAAUCUUAAUGACAUAUUACUUUGAAGAGCAACAACGACUACAGUUCGAGAUCUUCGACAAACAAGGUGCACACAAGAAGAGGAUGGGUGUAGCCAGUAUGUUGUUGCACGAGAUUGUUGGACAGAAGUAUAAUCGGAAGACUAAGUCCCUUUAGUAGGUUGAUUUGUAAUUUAAUUAAGGGUAGCGACACUAUGCAUGAGAAACGAGCCGGGGGUAACAUUAAAGCCCGGUCCGGCCCGUUCCUCAUGUCUAAGCUACACUGCUUCUUCGAAGGUCUAAUCGAAGCAUUAAAUUUGAUUUAAAAAUUAUUUUUUUUUGAAAGCAAAAUGUUAGGUUGUUCAAAUAAUUCUGCGCCCUUUUCUUAAUCAAUUUUUUGCGGUUAGAAGCACAGAAUUAUUUGAACAUUCCUAUAUUAAAACCCUAUCCUACCUUUUCCAAGGCAACUUCGUUGCUCGGAGCCUUAAUGUUAGCCCUGGUCCUCAAGUCCAGGCAAUUCGGCCCGACUUUACAAAUUUGUUUUCGGACCGGCUUGCGACCAGCUUUGCUUGAACCUAGUCAGCUUCCUUUCAAAUCUAGCUUAGACUAAACCAGGCGGGUUGUGUUAGUGUAAGAAAAAGUUGGCAGGGCUUGACCCAAGACUAGCCCGGCUCGGAUCUAGUGAGCCUUUUUUCAGGCGUAGUGAUCAAGACGGGUUGUUUUAAUCUAAAUUGGGGGGGGAGAGUGGGGCGAUUUUUUCAUAAAUUUUUAAAUAAAAAAAUUUUAAAAUUUAAAAAAAAUUUUUGAAAAAAAGAUAUUUUUUUUAACUUCAGUGAAGAAGGCAAGCACCAAGGAACGAUAACAGUAACAGCCGAAGAGCUGAGCGAAGGACGUCAAGAAUCCGUUUAUUUCGUGGUUUCUGCGACAGAUUUGGAUCGAAAAGACUUUCUGGGCAAAUGUGAUCCAUUCCUCAAGAUAUUCCGGUAUAACGAGGAUGGAACGUAAGUUUUUGCAAAAGUCUUUGGUCAAUUUUAAAUAUUUUCUAUAGUAGAAGGGGCACAGAAUUAUUUGAACAAAGUAAUAGAGGGACACAGAAUUAUGUGUACAAAGUAAUAGUAGGGGCUCAGAAUUAUUUAAACGCCCUAAAAAAUUUCAACUUGAUGUUUUAGGCUUCAACUAGCUUACCGAACUCGCUACCAUGAGCAGACGUUGAAUCCUAAAUGGAAGCCUUUCGAAGUUCACAUUAAUCAGCUGUGCUUUGGUGAUAAGGAUCGAGAGUUCCUGAUUGAAUGUUAUGAUUGGGACAAUGAUGGAGAACAUGAUCUGGUCGGAUGUUGUACUACCACAGUAAAUCGACUACUUAAUGGGCAUGACAAGAUCUUACCGGUAGGUUUUUUGAAUAAAUUGCAAGAACUUUCUUUACAAAAAAAAAUAGCAAAAAUUUUCUUUACAAAACAAAAAAUGGCAAGAACUUUCUUUACAAAACAAAAACUGGCAAGAACUUUCUUUACAACUCAUAUUUUUAGUUAGUCAACGAAAAGAAAGCCUCAAAGUCUAAACGCUAUGCAGAUUCCGGCAAAAUUCACUUCCACAAGGUCUACUGUUGGAUGGACUUCACUUUCCUCGACUUUAUUACCGGAGGCACUGAACUCGACUUUUCCGUGGCCAUCGACUUUACCAAGUCGAAUUUGCCAAUGAAUGAAGAAACCUCGCUGCAUCAUUACGACAAGCAUAAGGCCAAUCAAUAUGAAAUUGCGAUAGCAUCGGUGGCUGACAUAUGUCAACAUUACAACUCAAGCAAGGUCUUCAAAGCUUAUGGAUUUGGGGCGAAGAUACCACCGGAUACUCGAGUUCAUUACAAUUUUCCAUUAGUAAGUUGGGGAGCAUGGGUUUAAGGUACGGGGUUAGGGUAGAGUUUUGGGUAUGGACUAAUAAAGUAGGUUCCCGAUCUGCCCUGCACUGAACUUAUGUUUUCUUUCAGAAUCUAGAAACAAAUGACUGUCGCUGCCUCGGAGUUGACGGCCUUCUGAACGCAUACUUAGUUGCUCAAGCACGUGUCGAGCUGGCCGGGCCCACCGAUUUUGCGCCCACGAUUCGAUUUGCGGCCCGGAAUGCGGCCGCUUUGCCAGAUGACGGGUCAAAGUACAGCGUGCUCUUAAUCAUCACAGAUGGGGUCAUUACCGACAUUGAAGCGACCAAAGAGGAGAUUGUCAAAGCAUCCACCCUACCGCUGAGUAUUAUUGUAGUUGGUGUGGGGUAUGAUUCGUUCGACGAAAUGAAGAUUCUGGAUUCGGAUAAUCACAUGCUGUCUAGCCAUGGAAAGUAUGCCAAAAGGGACAUUGUACAGGUAAGGAUGAAGAUAUGGGUACGGUAGGAUGAGGGUGAGGGUCUUGCAAUAUAAGGGUGAGAGUAUGGCAGGAUAAGAGUGAGGGUAUGGCGAGAUAAAAGUGAGGCUAUGGCAGGAUAAGAGUGAGAGUAUGGCAUAAGUAUGAGAGUAAAAAACGGGCCGGACCUAAAAUUCUGGCCCGGUCUAAUCCCUUUAACAUUGUUUUUCUGAUAUACAUGUUAGGGGCUCAUUACUUUUUGAACGAUUUAAUAUCCUAACUCCAAAAAUAUGCUUUGAGCGAGAGCACAUAAUUAUUUGAACAACCUAAUAAUAUUAAUUGUUCAAAAAGUAAUGAGCCACUAACCUGCAAAUCAGAAAAAAACUUUUAAAAUGAAGUAUAUGAUAGCUCAUUACUUUUUGAACAAUCUAACAUUAAUUAAUGUCUUAUUAAUUCUUGGACAAUCUAAUAUUUUAUGCUAGCUCAUUACUUUUUUAACAAUUUAGUACUAAAUACUAGCUCAUUACUUUUUGAACACUUCUGUAUCAUCUACUUAUUCUAGUUCGUGCAGCUCCGCAAAUUCCUCCCACCCCACCGUGAGCUCUCCAACGAAGAUCUAGACGAAGCUAAAGCCAAGCUAGCCAAAGAGGUGUUGUACGAAGUGCCGGGCCAACUAACUUCAUACAUGAAAUCCAAAGGUAUCUACCCGAGGUCGCCUGGAUCCCCAUUUGAAGUUCAACCGGGAACACCAAUUAUGGCUAGCUCACCACGAGGAUUUGGGGGUUCAAAUCAGUCCAGUCUGCGAGGAUCGAACGCUGGUUCACACACGAGUUCACCACGAUCUUCACGUCGACGUCUACCUCAAGAGCCUGUUAACGAGUUGGGACAAAUGCGAAUAUGCUAA